AUGACUUCCUCAGUGGCUCCGGUGGGUUCUCCACAUUCCGACCGGAGCUCCGGAUAUGCGGCAUCGGAAACUCGACGGCCAAUGCCGAAAUCGCUCGGCGAAGCUCUAAGGGCUGUCGGUACUACGCUUGAUACGCCUGGCUCUGAGACCCCUAGUGAGGAGGACUACGAAGAAAAUGUCCGUCCAACUUUGACAGAGUCAUCCACUCUCAGGAAUCGUUAUCCGUAUGGCGGUCGUGAUCGUUUACUGCCGGAAACAUUAUCAGCAUCCCCAAACACUGCAGAAUCUAAGUCACGUUUCAACCACCGUGACUCAGGCGUAUAUAUUGUCUCAGAUGAGGACAACAGCCUCCAGCAGUUACUCAUGACUAGCUCGCAAUGGCCUGCACAAUCUUCCGGCCCAAAGAUCCGACGACGCAAGUUUGCCGAUCUAGUCUUCACUCGCCAGUUCUCUGCCUUUGACCGCCACAACCCGUCAGCAUUCAAUAGCCCGUUCCAUGGCUUCUAUACGCUGUUCUGGCUUGCCGUGUCUCUUUUUGUCUUGAAGAUUUCUAUCCGGAACUGGCAAGUUUACGGAAAUCCUCUGGGAGCUAGCGAUAUUAUGAAUACCAUGUUCCAUCGGGAUGUGGUCGUUUUACUUCUAUCAGACGGCAUCAUGUGUGCUCUUACAGCAGUAACUUGGUUGAACCAAUGGUUGGUAUCUGCAAACUACCUCAAUUGGGAUGGUGCAGGAUGGUUGCUCCAGCAUAUUUGGCAAACAACCUUUCUGGCCGGAGUUAUUGGCUUGACUCUGUGGCGCGACUGGCCAUGGACUCAUACCGUGUUUUUCGUUUUGCAUGGCAUUGUCAUGUUAAUGAAACAGCAUUCGUAUGCCUUCUAUAAUGGUCACCUCUCUACAGUCUACAAGCAACGCGCUACCAUCACGAAAAAGCUGAAACAACUUGACCUUGUUGACCCAGCCAUGUCCCCUUCUCAGACUAGACCCCCUGCAUCCUCCAUCUCAACCCACCACCUAAGCGUUGCUCCCUCCGCUGAAGAGCGUCGAAAAUCCAUCUCAUCGCAGCCAGAACAAGCAGAGAGCGAUAUCGAGAAGAUUUCACGAGCAAUCGCUUCACAUGAACCCCUGGACGACCAACAAAUCGCUUUAUUCGAGCGUAUCAUGAAAUGGGAGAUUGAUGCUAUGUCAGAUGAACUCAAGGGUACCGCUCUUGCAGCCGACAAAGCAUAUCCGAACAAUCUGUCUUUCGUUGACCAUUGCAAAUGGAUCCCUUUGCCAACGUUGGUCUAUGAGAUAGAGUAUCCACGAUCGGACUCCAUCGACUGGUCAUAUGUACUAGAGAAAUGUGUAGCAAUGGUCGGCAUAUUGUUUGUCAUGGUACAAGUCUCGCAGUACUCUAUAUAUCCCAUGGUCAUGAAAACAGUUGAAAUGAAGAACAAUGGAGUUCCGCUUGUUGAGAGACUUCAGGAGUUCCCGGGACUACUUCUUGACCUAAUCUUCCCAUUCAUGAUGGAAUAUUUACUUGUCUGGUAUCUCAUAUGGGAGACUAUCCUCAAUAUCUUAGCCGAGUUGACAUACUUUGCCGAUCGUAGUUUUUAUGACGCAUGGUGGAACAGUGUCUCCUGGGACCAAUUCGCCCGCGACUGGAACCGACCAGUACACGUCUUUUUAUUACGACAUGUCUACCAUAGCUCUAUUUCAUCCUUGAAGGUCAACAAACACACGGCCACCCUCAUCACAUUCCUUCUCUCAGCUUGCGUUCAUGACUUGUGA